AGAUAGCCCAGUCUUGCCUCCCCACAUUCCUGAUUCUCACAUCUCUUUUCCUCUAGUCAAGGCAAGUCAUCCCAGGUCAUGCAGCAAAACGGGAUCAGUAGUGUGAAUCAGCUAGGGGGGAUCUUUGUGAAUGGACGACCUCUGCCCCCGGGUACCCGGCAGCAGAUUGUGAAGCUGGCAGUCAGUGGAGUUCGGCCCUGUGACAUCUCCAGAAGCCUCAAGGUAUCUAAUGGCUGUGUGAGCAAGAUUCUGGGGAGAUACUACCGCACAGGUACCCUGGAGCCCAAGGGCACUGGGGGAAGCAAGCCUCGCCUAGCUACACCCCCUGUGGUAGCUCGUAUUGCCCAACUCAAGGGUGAGUGUCCAGCUAUCUUUGCCUGGGAGAUCCGUCACCAGUUAUAUGCUGAAGGGCUCUGCACCAAAGACAGGACACCUAGCGUCUCCUCCAUCAACCGCAUUCUGAGGGCCUUACAAGAGGACAAGAGGCUUCCUUGGGCCCAACUCACACUGCCAGAGAUCCUAUUGCCAAGUCUCUACUUUCCCCACAGUGGUUCUGAGGCACCCCAGGUGGCCAAGCCAGGCACACGCCAGCGAAAUCGAACCAUCUUCUCCCCAUAUCAGGCUGCUGCCCUGGAAAAAGAGUUCCAGAGGGCACAGUAUCCUGAUCCAGCUACCUGGGGAAAGCUAGCUGCUGCCACCUCUCUGCCUGAGGCUACAGUGAAGGUUUGGUUUUCUAACCGAAGAGCCAAAUGGAGAAGGGAAGAGAAAUUGAAGUGGGAAACUCAAUUCCCAGCUCCAUGUUCUGAGCAAAUCUGGCCCAAUCUUAGAGCUGCUUCCCAGGGUCUGACCUCACAAGAUACUUCAAAAUGGACCACUUCUGCACAGCCCCCAACCAGUCUUCCUAUGCCUCCUCUUCUUGCCCCUGAGCCCUCAGAACCACAUCACUAUCAACUGUGCUUGGGAACAGCAUUAGGAAGGCAUAUGAGCAAUGCCUUACCCAGUGUCUGGCAAAAAUCUUGUGGUGGACAAAUAUCCAUUGGAACCUCAUAUUCUGGAUAUAGCACACCUUUGUCACCAAUGCCCUUCCCUGCCUUGGAUACUCGGCCCUUCUUUCUACCAUCCCUACCCCAUGUCUUCAUGCCUUUCAUUCCCUCUUCUGCCAUUGCUAGCUCCCUCCCACUCUAAGAAUUGGA